AUGGGUGGUGGUAAUAAAAAUGAAUUUGAAUCACCUUUUUUACAACUUUUCACAGGUGCUGCAUCCGGUGUAUUAGCUGACGGAAUCAUGCAUCCAAUAGAUACUAUAAGAGCAAGAUUACAAGUAGAGAAAGUAGGACAACAAAGAUAUACAGGUACUUUCAAUGCAUUUCAAUCGAUCAUUCAAAAAGAAGGUGUCAGAUAUUUAUAUAAAGGAUUCCCUAUUGUGGUUACAGCAACUAUUCCUGCACACGCUCUCUAUUUCUUUGGUUAUGAGUACUCAAAGAAAUAUUUGAAAGGUCCACUGGGAGAUGGUGCACUCAAUCACUUUGUGUCAGGUUUGGUGGCUGAUAUUGCAGGUGCCAUGAUUUGGACACCGAUGGAUAUUAUCAAACAGCGUCUUCAAGUACAAAACUCAACUUAUCUGACCAAUCCUACACAGACUUUCUAUAGAGGUUCGUUCCAUGCAUGCAAAGUCAUCUUGAAAGAGGAAGGUGUUGCAGGUUUCUACAAAGGAUUCUUCCCAUCGUUAAUGACUUUCGGACCAUUGGUUGGUAUCUACUUUGCAACCUAUGAAAAGACAAAGAAAACAGUGUCUGGUGUGCUUGGUGUUGAACCCGGAAAGAUGUUACCACUACCUUAUCAAUUGGCAAGUGGAUUCUUUGCUGGUUCGGUAGCUGCUGCUGUGACCUGUCCACUCGAUGUAAUCAAGACUAGAAUUCAAGUGUCGAGAGCAUCCGACAAAACAUACAAUGGUAUCAUCGAUGGAUUCCAGAAGAUCAUGAAAGAAGAAGGUCCAAGAGCUUUUGUUAAAGGAAUGGGUGCUAGAAUUUUAUGGAUAGCUCCUGGAAAUGCUAUUACAAUUGCAUCAUGUAUAUGA